AAAUGCACAGAUUGUCAAAUGCAACCCUGUACUGCGGCCAGCCAACAAAACAUUCAUAUAAAUAAUAAUAAAACGCAACGCACGGCCCCGAGGCGUCGCCAACAACGUCAACGCAAUGGGCUUUCCGCGCAUUCUCAGCAAAAACAAUAAAAUCUACACAAAGCUUGGCGAGUUUUGCCUAUCGGGCGAUAGCUUCUGGAUCGUCUGCCACACAUGCCAGGAGGAGCUGCAGACGCAGGACGCCUUCUGGAAGCACAUCCAAGAUGAGCACAACUUUCUGCACGGCCUCGCCAAGGAGCAUGGUCGCAGCUCCAAUUAUUGCUUGACUGAUGUGGAAGCGGCUGCCACGACUACUACAACAACGUUGCCAACGUUGCCCAUGCCGCUGGCAUUGUAUCACUGUGCCAAGUACAGCGAGGAGGAGCAGGAACAGGAAAAUCAGCAGCAACAGCAGCAGCAACAGCAGCAGCAACAGCAACAGCAGCAGCAACAGCAGCAACAAACGCUGCAGCUUCAGCAGCAACAACAGCAACAGCAGCAACAACAACAGCGGGAUACGGCCAAGGAUCUGGCAGAGCUGCAUGCCGUGGCGGUUGCUGCUGCUGGCGAUCACAGCGCGCGUAGCAGCAACAGCAGCGUCUGCGGCGGGGCCGGCGGAGGCAACAGCAUCGAUAUCAAAGUGGAGCCCGCCAGCUUGAGCCUACCGCCGGAUAUGCAGGUGGCAGCGGCAGCCGCAGCAGCAGGGAGCAACGCCAAUACCACAAUCUACCAUUUGUCGCAGGUGGUGCCAGUGGUGCCGCCGCCUCCGCCACCGGCAUCGACGUCCUGCUUUGUGAAUGCGGGCACAGUGACAACUCCGACGACGAGUGCAACAAUAGCAGCAACAGCCACGCCCCCGCCGCCGCCGCCACUGUCGCAUACCGCAUUGGCCGGUCCAGUGGUGGGCGGCUCUAAUGUGAAUGUGAACGUCAAUGCUAAUGCAGCGGCUGCUGCUGCCGCCGCCGCCGCUGUGGUGCUGCAGCAGUCGUGCAUACCGUUGCUGGCCGGCGGCCAGGAGCUGCUGCCAAAGGACUCGAAUAGCACGACGGCCAGCGCGAGCAGCGCCGUCUCAUCGGACGACGGCGAGCGUUGGUAUAUCUGCGAUUAUGGCACCUGUGGACUGAAGUUCAAGUACAAGUCGCGCAUGGAACUGCAUCGGGUGGUGCACAGCAAGGAGCGGCGAUUCAACUGUGAUAUGUGCAGCGCCUCCUUCAAGCAGUCCUGCAACCUGUCCACGCACCGCAAGAAGAAGCAUUCGAUAAGGGGCAUCAAGAGCGAGCUCUUGCCACAGCGCUUCUAAUGUGCGUCUCCACCCCGCUGCCUAAGGACCAAGUGCAAAGUCGCGCCCCCCUUACCCAAUCCUUAAAACUCCUAUCAUGAGUCCGAUUCCAAAUCCCAUCCAUCUAAGCCAUAUUUUUUUUAUAUAUAUGUAUGUAUAUGUUUUUUU